CGAUCCAGUUUAUAUCCAUUUUAUUUACUUAUUAUGUCAAACUAUGUUUCAGUAGUUAAAUAAUUUUAUACCCUAGUUAUGGAAUAUUAAAAUAGUGUAAUGUUUAUACAUUUUCCACUGUUACGUUAUCUGGUGGAAAUUGGGUUUUGUAAAAUAGCGACACCUUGCAUAAAGGAGAAACUAGUCAAAUAAUCUCGUAUCAACAACAUUCUUUAGUGGCGCGAUGUAAGACAUUAAGAUUGUUAGACUAAAGAAAAUAUUGCAACAAAUUCAAAGAUACUUUAUGAUAUUAUCGUAUGUGACAGUUGAGUGUUUUAUUUUUAUUUUGCUUAUUCUUUGAGUGUAAAAUACAGGCAGUGGCAAGUCUAUCCAACGAUAGUCGUUAAAUUAAAAUGGGACCAGCAGUGGAUGCAGUGCUACCUGUUUCUGCCAAUCGUGAAAAAAGCAACACAAUUAUUUUUAAUGCAUCCAAAAACGAGCUGUUUAAACUAAAUGAUGGACUGAAAACUAUGCAAAGAAGAUUGAAGAAUAACUGGAAGGUUAUAAGCAACAAAGAAGAUAUUUCACAGGAUUCUCUUUCUCAAGCAACAGUUUUUGUUCUCCCAGGACCAAGAGAAAAGUUUACAGAAUCGGAGUUUAAUUAUAUGAGGAAGUACUUGGAAUCUGGUGGAAGUAUUUUUGUUAUGCUUGGUGAAGGAGGGGAGAAGAGAUUUCAGACAAACAUAAAUUUCUUCUUGGAAGAAUAUGGAAUCAUGGUUAACCAUGAUUCUGUUGUACGUACUGUUUACUACAAGUAUUUUCAUCCAAAGGAAGCUCUGGUAUCUAAUGGAGUUCUAAAUCGAUCCAUUAGUCAAGCAGCAGGGAAAGUAAUCCCAGGUCAUGGUGUAGAAGAAACCAAUAACACACAAGCAUUAUCAUUCUUAUAUCCUUAUGGAGCUACUCUGAAUGUUGCUAAACCAGCUGUUGCUGUGCUGUCCUCAGGAAGUGUUGCUUUUCCUUUGAACAGACCACUUUGUGCUCUAUAUACUCAUUUGUCCUCAGGUGGAAAACUUGCAGUUCUUGGAUCAGUGCACAUGAUGUCAGAUCAAUAUAUAGAUAAAGAAGAAAACAGUAAAAUCAGGGAUGUAAUUUUCCAAUUUCUAACAUCUGAUGAGAUAAAGCUAAAUAGUAUUGAUUCUGAUGAUCCUGAGAUAUUUGACUACUACAUGAUCCCUUCCAUUGGCAAAUUGGCAGAGCAGCCAUUUAGCUGUUUACAAGAAAGUGAAGAGAUUCCUUCAGAUUACACAAAACUUUUUGACAACAAACUGUUUUCAAUGGACAAUACCAUAUUACCAACAGUUAUUAGAUCCUAUGAGCAGCUGAACAUGAAACAUGAACCAUUGCGACUUAUCAGCCCACAGUUUGAAACUCCUUUACCUCCAUUACAACCAGCAGUUUUUCCGUCUUCUUUCCGUGAACUCCCAAAACCUGCCCUGGAACUGUUUGAUCUUGAUGAAGCUUUCAGUUCAGAAAAGGCCAGACUAGCACAACUGACCAAUAAAUGCACUGAUGCAGACCUGGAAUAUUACAUUCGCGAGUGUGGGGAUAUUCUUAACAUCUCCAAUAAACUUCCACUGGGUGGUCGUACUGCAAAACACAUUUUAGAAUAUAUCUUAUCACAGGUAGCUGAGUUUAAGAAGCUAAAUCAGGAGGAAGACAUGGUCCCUCCCAUGAUGGAUGAUAAUCCUAACAUUGUCAACUUUUCAUGAUAUUGUUUGAGAAGACAAAAUGUAAUUUAUGUGCACUGUCAGAUGAUGCACUGUGGAAAGUUAAUGUGUUUAUUGUGUCCUAACAUAACACCUGCUUUUAGCACUUACUUUGAGAAACACAAGUUGAUGUGGUAAUAAGAGCUAAUGCACCAGUGAUCCAAAUCGAUAAAACCGAGAAGUUAAUUGAUAUUUUUAAAAUAAAACUAAAUAGAUAGCCUAUUAAAAUGACUACAAAAAGUAAACAAUUCAUACAUAUGUUGAUACACUACUUUACUUAUACCAUACCAACUGCCAUUUAUGAGAUUGCCUGAAAUAUCUUCAGAAGAUAUUAAUUUCUUUAUAUUUUUUAAUAGUUAUUACAUGAAGAAAGUAUAGAUUUUAACCACUUAUAAAUGAUCAGAUUUUUAAAAUUUCUUUUAUUUGAAGAAAGUUCAUUAUAUUAAUUAUUAAAGUUUCAUGAGAAGAAACUGUGAUUCUUCUGAUUUUCAAACUACAAAGAUGCAUCAGUAAAAUUUUAUUUAUUGUGAUGCUCAUUGUGCUAGCCAGCUCAGUCAAUUAGAAUGUUGGCUAAGGAUUUGACAUUAUUUUAACACCUCUCCAAGUGGCCACAAUCUUUUGUAAAUAUCUAUACUAGUUCUGUUAUUUAGGGUUAAUAUAAGCAGUGAAAGUUUGAGAACAAGACAUUGUACAGGUUUAAAUCUUUUUUUUUUUAACAUAAUUUUUAAAAAUAAACUAGAAACAAAGUUAGUCUACAACUGUUACUUUUAGUUAGCUAUAUCAUCAGUAUUUACAAAGUUUAGAAAGAUAUUAAAUCAAUACUGAAAAAAAUGAUUGUUGAAUAACAACUGUUAACUGUACUUCUCUGACCUCUUGUGUUUCACAGUGCAAUUUUAUUAUUUAUUUGAGUAAUUAUUUUACACAAGUAUUAAUAAUUUUGAUAAAAUAUAGAUAACAUUUUUAAUUUCCUUAAAAUAAAAUUUGGUAGAUAUAACUGUAUACUUUUGGGCAUAUUGCAAUUGACUUUCUACUCAACCUUUUUAGCACCUGACAUUGAAUUAGAAAACAUAAAAACUUUAUUACCUUAUUGGCGUGUUUCAAUGAUUUGAUCUAAUUUGGAAUUCAUGUACAAAUCCUUGGAAGUUAAAUAUUCUAAGUUGUCUUUUACAAUGAUUAAAUUAUCACAUAUAUUCUACUUAUUUUUUUUACUUUUACAUUUUUUUAAACUACAUAGGCAGAAGAUAGUAAAUGAUAGCAAUUCGAAGGAUAUCAGUGUUAAAUAGUAUAUCUUAAAAACAUGAUACAAUAGGAAAAUCACUAUUAGUUUUUGAUUAUUCAUAUUUCCAUCUGUUAAAAAGUAACCAAUGUAACUAAAAGGUUUAGGGUUUAUUAUUAGCCAUCAAUAAUAACCUAAAAUUGUCCUCAGUGAUGGCUUGUUAAAAAACUGUUUGGUAAAAUUAUGAAAGCAGAUCAGUAACAUUAUUUUUUCAUAUUCAACAAGUUUUAAUUAUAAGUCAGUUUGUUUUUAUUGAGAAAACUCUCAAGCACAUAAUGGUAUUAAAUAGCUUGUUUUGCUUCCUUAAAUGAUGCUCAUUUUUAUUCCUCUACUUAGUUAACCCUAUAAAUUGUGCAAUAAAAUAUUCUCACUCUUAAAGAAAAGUCGAGGGUCAAUUUUAUUAAUAUAUUCACUGGUAAUACUGUAGCACGAAAGCAGAAAUUGGUGAUUUAAAAACUGAAGAGUAUAGGUGAAAACUUGUGAUAUCUUAAGGUAAUAAAAGUUGCCAUUUCUGAAAAUGCCAAUAUUUAAAUUUUUCCUUUAAGGACUAAUUAAAUGCAUACAAAUUGUUCUUUGGAUGAUGUAAUUAUUUAGUAGAAAGUUAUGUAGAAUCUUAUACUGAUAGUACUUGUACUUCAAAAACAGCGUAUUUGUUCUUGUUGAAUGAUAAAUGAAACUACUCUCAGUACGAAUAGUCAAUUAUUUUAACAUGAUCCUUCCUAAGACUUGCACUGUUAACUAUGUUUUUUCAUUAUUUGUUAGUUUACCUUUAAUAGUAUUUUGGUUUAUGUCAGACGACUAAAAACUGACACCUUUAUCAAUUCUACUUUGUAUAUGUUUAGUUUCCUGAGAGCUGGAAAAGGUAAAAUUGAUACUAAAUCUUCAAGUCUAUAUAAUAAUUAAAUUUGAAAUUAGUGCAAUAUAUAUAUAUAUAUAUAUAUUUGUUUUGUUCUCAGUUCAUCCAAGAUCUAUCCUUCCACUAUAAAAUAAUGUAAAAAUUAAAGGUAACUACAUAGGCACUUCAUUAUUUGUAGAUAUGUUCUUAAUUUUCAGUGUACAUUUUCAGUUCAUCUUCCUUUAGUAAUAAAUCUGUAGAAUGAUUGA